AGUGUGCGUGGCCGCAGAGAAACCGAGCGCAGCUUCAUUUCUGCGCAUUUUCUGAUUCUAUUGAAGAGACCUGCGGCUGGACUUGGAUUAUUAAUUCAGAGGAGAGUCCGGGCCGAGCCGAGCCGAUCCGAGGCGAACCGAACAGAGCCGAGCUGAGCCGGACCAGAACAAACCCGAAAAUACAGACAGAGAGCCAGACAGGCUGCUUCAUCUCCUCCUUCCAGAGCCGACCGGAGUCAUCCUCCCGAGGCGAUGCUGUGCGUCUGACCCGGGAUCAGUGAUGCCGGCCUCCUGCGCGUCAGUGUGUGUGUGACGUCUACAGGGACUCGAACCUGCGUCGUGGAGCCAACAUGGCUGCCGUGUGUGGAGCUUCAUUAACAGUGUGCCUGUGUUUCCUGCUGCUGCCUCCUGCUGUCACCGCCACCGGUCUGCAGUCGGAGGACAGAGAGUGCAUCUUCUCUGACGUGCAACAGAGGGCGGGGCCUCACAGCGGAACGACCAAUGAGCUGCGAGGAAUGGUGCCAGAGAACAGCACGGUUCGCUGCAACCGCCGCUGCUUUGGAUUGUGGGAAAAGAAACCAGACGGGGGAAUGCUCCCGGUCAAGCAAGGUUGCUGGCCUCCCGUUGGCAACGAGCAGGAGUGUCUUAGCGACCAUUGCCAGGUAACGGCGGCAGCCUCGCUGACCCUGAACGACACAGACUACCAUUUCUGCUGCUGCAGCAGAGACCUCUGCAACGCCAACUUUACCGAGCCCCGCCCACCGCCGACACCCCGCCCUGAGGCUGAUGAAGCCAGACGACCGCUGCGACGGGAGGAGACGGCGCUCAUCACCCUGGUAACUGUCGCUAUAGCGGCUGUUGCCGUUGUUGCUUUGUUCCUGGGAUACCGCAUGAUGAAAGGGAAGCAGAAACAGAGUCUUUCGGCUCUGGAUGUGAUGGAGGCAGCAAACAGUAACACUGCUGUCGACCUGGAUCAUCUCAAACUACUGGAGCUGAUUGGUCGGGGUCGUUACGGCUCGGUGUUUCGCGGCUUCCUCAACGAGCGCUGCGUUGCCGUGAAAGUCUUCAGCUCGGCCGACCGGCGUAACUACGCCAACGAGCGCUCCAUCUACCGCGUGCCGCUGCUGCAGCAGCACGACAACAUCGCUCGCUUCCUGGGCGCCGGCGAGAGGCCGGCAUCCGACGGGCGGCCCGAGUUCCUCAUCCUCAUGGAGUUCUACCCACACGGCUGUCUGUCUCGCUACCUGUCUCUCCACACGGUGGACUGGACUACCUGCUGCAGGAUGACUCACGGUGUGACCAGAGGACUCGCCUUCCUGCACACUGAACUCUACAGAGGAGACCAGUACAAGGCGGCCGUGGCCCACCGAGACGUGACCAGCAGGAACGUCCUGGUCCGAGCCGAUCUGUCCUGCGUCCUGGCCGACUUCGGCCUGUCCAUGAGGCUGACGGGAAGCCUGCCCUGUCGCCCCGGAGACGACGACACCGUGGCCAUAUCUGAGGUCAGCACAGUGCGCUACAUGGCCCCCGAGGUUCUGGGUGGAGCUCUGAACCUGAGGGACUGUGAGUCGGCUCUGAAGCAGGUGGAUGUUUACGCUCUGGGGCUGCUCUACUGGGAGAGCUUCAGGAGAUGCUCCUACCUGUUCCCAGGCGAGGCGGUACCAGAGUACCAGCUGGCGUUCCAGGCCGAGCUCGGGAACCAUCCCAGCUUCGAGGAGAUGCAGGUCCUCGUCGCCAGAGAGAAGUUCAGGCCCAGAUUCCCCGAAUCCUGGAAGGAGAACAGCCUGGCUUUGCGUUCCCUGAAGGAGACGAUGGAGGACUGCUGGGAUCAGGAUGCCCUGAAGGAGACGAUGGAGGAC